CUAAGCUGAAUUAUCCAGAAUCCGGAGUCCUGAAUCCUGAAUCCACAGUAGCGGACGAUGCCUUCUGUUUGCCAUUUCAGGCCAUUCGGUAGCCCGAUUCGCCUCGCACACGUGUACACAAAGGUUUGCUCCAGGAGAAAGCAUUGGCUGGGAUUUUCUUUCUGACAGGACCCAACGCGAGUUGCUCGUUGAAUUUCUCAGUGGGGUGACACAUCCGCAUUACACGCUGCUCCGUUAUGUGACUCCUCCGCAUCGUCGUUUCAUCAUGGGCGCAGUCGAGUCCGUUCUCGUUGUGUCGGAUUCAGACGAGGAGGGCGACGAGGGACAACAGGGUAACCAGCAGCGGCGACGAGAGCGGGAGCGUCGCAGGGCGCAGGGAGAGGAUGCAGGCUCCGGGGAAAUAACGAGUCUAGAGCAUCAGGCGCAGCAGCAGCAACGGCGGAAGAACCUCGGGGAAGGCGCAGGGGACGGCCAGGGGCGCGGUCCAAUAGAUGCUGCGGGGGGAGGGCACCAGCACGCGAGACACGACAGCGUUGAGAGCGUUGACUCCGUUGACUCCGUUGACUCGCUUGAUCGCACCCAGUCCAUCGGCUCGCCCCGUAGCGUUGACUCCGUUGACCUUUCCUCCCCCCGUCCCGUUGACUCCGCUGAUCCAUACGAUCCCGCGAAUCUCCCCCUUUCCGCGCAUCCCGCUACGCGCAAGCCUAGGGCGCACCACAGGCGGAAAGGCUCGCGCGGAUCGUCGCGCCUCAGCCGGUCAACUUCCGCCACUUCCCCCGAUGGGCGCGGCACUCCCGCCGACGCUGACGUGGCCGCCGGGGGGAACGGGGAACGACACGUCACAGCUGCCAUGCUGGCAGCCGCCCAUGGCAAGUCAGCAGAAAAAAUAUUUACGGGCAGGGAAGGAGGGGUAGGCUCGAGAGGGGGCAUGGGGGGUCCAGGGGGGAUGGAAGGGGGAACGGGGAGGGGAAGGGGAAUGCCAGGGGGAGGGGAGUCCCUGGCGAGAUUGCCAGGGCCGGGAGCGGGGCGGGGGGAGGGCGCGAGUGGGGGGCGUGUGGGACUAGGGGGGAGGAGCGGGGGAACAGGGGCUGCUGAUUGGGGAGGCGCAGACAAGACCGAAGCUGCUUCGUUUGAAGCCCGUUCCAUGCCUCCACUCCGAACCGCCGCCUCAGCCCUGGCGACUGCCGAGGCUGGUGCCGAAGCUGCUGCCGAGGCUGCAGCGUCGUCGCAGCCAGGGUCCCCUGUGCGGCUGCAGCGCGUGCUGGCUGCUGUGUCGCGCGCGCUUGAUAGGGCCAGUGAGGCUGCCGCGGAGCAACGAGGGGUAGCAGAGAAAGAGGAGAAAGGGGGGGGGUCUAGAGAGGGCGAAGCUGGUGCUAAAGCAGCAGAGGGGGCAGUAGAAAGGCCUGCCACUGCAGGAGACGCGUCAGCAGCGCGACACGAGUCAGCAGCGGCAGAAAGUGAGGGGUGGAGAGGGGGGGGAGCGGUGGCAGAGGUGGUAGCAGAAAGAGGAGACGAGGGUGCAGCAGACGAGGGUGCAGCAGACGAGGGUGCAGCAGACGAGGGUGCAGCAAACGAGGGUGCAGCAAACGAGGGUGCAGCAAACGAGGGUGCAGCAGACGAGGGGGCAGCAGACGUCGUGCGGGCAGACGUACGUGCCACAGUGGCCAUGCGGCCAGCAAGGGACGAGGAUGCGGAGGAGCCACAUUCUGGGGCGCUGGGAGACAUGGAUGGGGAAUGUGAUGCUCCUGGUGAUGGUGUUGGUGAUGCUGCUGGUGAUGCUGCUGGUGAUGGUGCUGGUGAUGGUGCUGGUGAUGCUGCUGGUGAUGCUGCUGGUGAUGCUGCUGGUGAUGCUGCUGGUGAUGCUGCUGGUGAUGCUGCUGGUGAUGCUGCUGGUGAUGCUGCUGGUGAUGGUGCUGGUGAUGCUGCUGGUGAUGCUGCUGGUGAUGCUGCUGGUGAUGCUGCUGGUGAUGCUGCUGGUGAUGCUGCUGGUGAUGCUGCUGGUGAUGCUGCUGGUGAUGCUGCUGGUGAUGCUGCUGGUGAUGCUGCUGGUGAUGCUGCUGGUGAUGCUGCUGGUGAUGCUGCUGGUGAUGCUGCUGGUGAUGCUGCUGGUGAUGCUGCUGGUGAUGCUGCUGGUGAUGCUGCUGGUGAUGCUGCUGGUGAUGCUGCUGGUGAUGCUGCUGGUGAUGCUGCUGGUGAUGCUGCUGGUGAUGCUGCUGGUGAUGCUGCUGGUGAUGCUGCUGGUGAUGGUGCUGGUGAUGGUGCCUUUGGUGCGAAUGCUGAUGGUGCCAGUAGUGGUGCAGAAGACAGUGGUAGCGACGGUGGCAGCGAUGGAGGCAAUGGCAGUGAUUUUGGCACGCCUGAGUUCCUCUCCCCUACUGGCAGCACAUCCAGUGGUAGAAUCCACACUUACCCACCCUUUCCAGCACUUAGCACCGAAACUGCACCUGGCACCGCUCCAGCACUUAGCACUGUUCAAGCACUUAGCACCGUUCAAGCACUUAGCACCGUUCCAAAACUUACUCCUGUGGCCUCAGCAGCAGAUGCGGCUGUUGUGGGUGCUGCUGAGCAGGGUGCAGGGGCAGCAGGCACAGGGGAGCAGAGACGGGCAGGAGUAUACAGGGAACGGUCAAGGGGGAGAGGAGCAGAGGAAGAGGAGGGUGGAGGGACGGGGGAGGGAACGUACGCAGUGAUGCAGGGGGGUGGGGGGGGUGAGGAGGAGGAGAGGGAGAGGACUAGGCACCUGGAGGCGAGGGCAGCACGGCUGUCAGCAUUGCUGGCAAGGGCGGGAUCAGUGGGGUCGGUGGGGUCGAUGGGGUCUGUUGGAACCAUGAACACAGCAACAGGGUCGAUGGGGGGGUCUCCAAGCGGCACCCCUCUGGUUACCAGUCCGCGGUUCUGGCCCGAUGGGGACGAGUCAGUGGGAGGGGUGAUUGGGGCCACGGUGGGAGCAGUGGCAAUGUCUUUCAGCAACAGUUACCCCGGGAGCACCGAUGGCAGGAGCAAUGGGAGCAGCAAUGGGAAGAGAAGUGAGAAUCCCCAAGAAGCAGUUGCUCCGUGCGAUGAGCGGAGUAAUGAAGGCAUGCUGGACCACUCGCCUCCCUCGGUUCCCGCCUUUUCCACUGAGGCCUUUGCUGCUGGUGACGAUGGCGCUGGUCCUGCUGCUCUUUAUGCUGCUGCUGCUGCUGUUGCAAGCGCACUAUCAAACGCUGCUGAUGCUGGCGCGGAGGCAGUGGGGCAGGGGCAAGUAUCAGCCCACAAGCAGGCUGUAGCAGAGCAAGUCACACCGCUGCUAGCGCCGGUAAAGGCAGCAGAAGAGGCGGAAGUGCGAGAAGCAGCAGCAGCAGCACCUGCGGACGCAGCAGUACUGGAGGUGGCCCAUUCCUCUUCUAAUGCGCCCUCCUUGCUUUCCCGGUCGCCGCCCAACAAUGCCUGGCUCUCAACCGUUCUGGCGGCCAGCAGCAGCAGCAGCAUCACCGUCGAGUUUCACAUCAUCAGGCAUGCAGAGUCAACCCAAAACCCCGCCCUCAUCGCCGGUCGCUCGCCCUCGGCUCUGCUCACCCCCAAGGGCUGCCAGCAAGCGCUCGCCCUGGGCACCUUCCUGCGGCGCUAUGUUGCCCUCAAGUGGGAUGCGGUGCAUUGCUCGCCCAUCCCCCGCGCCAAGCACACCGCUAACAUUGUUUGCCAGGCACUGGGCUUCCCACCUGCCCACAUACACGAGGCUCCUGAGCUGCAGGAGAUGAGUGCGGGCGACUGGGAGGGGAAGCCCCGGGCAGAAAUGUUUUCCUCCGAUGUUGCCCUGGCCUGGAUGACAGCCACACAGCCCGACUUCAGCUACCCGGGGGGCGAAUCCCAACGCCAGGUGGAGUACCGCAUGGUGGAGUUUCUGAAUCGCCUUGCACUCACCCAUACAGCGCAACCCAUGGCAGCACAGGCUAGUGUUACACCUGGGGAAGGUACACCCAAGAGCGUGGCAAGGCGCCGCAUCGGCUUGUUUUCACACUGCACUGCGAUUAAGUGUCUUUUGCGGGGCUUGAUGGGGUCGAGCCCACAUUUGACCCACAAAAUAGCAGUGGACCAUACAUCGGUUAGCGUGGUGGCCUUUUUGCCAGCAAGCGGCUGGAGACUAGUGCGCGUGAACGACACCUCUCACUUGCUUGUGGCACAUGGGCCUAUAGCCCCUUAGUGCCAACCCAUGUGGUGUUUUUGCUAGGUAGUGCAGAGGGCCAAGUGAAUGUUCCCCUUGAGAAUGUUGCUUGUGUUUCACUACAGGAAAAUUGCCAACAACACCAGGAGCUUGGCUUGGGCGAGCCUUGGGGUUGGUCAGAUUGGGAGAGUGAUGGCGUCCUCAAACAAUGGUGCUGGGUUGAACUUUACAGGAC